AUGAUCCCUCUCAGCACAGGCGUCACUUCCAGUGCAGCUGUUUGUGAAGGAGAAUCUUUGCUGUGGGUGGCUGGUAUCUGGAUUCCUUUUGUGACUCGACUCCAGUACAGGCGUCUACACUGCUGUGGAGAGGUACGAUCCAUGGAUAGACGCCUGGGAAUUUGUUUUUCAUCUCUUCCUCUGACAGACUUCCAGUUCAGCCUGUCCCUUUCCCAUGAUUCCCCACUCACAACCAGCCUGGGACACUGCCUCUAUGUACUGGGAAACAUCCAGAGAACUGGAGAAAAACUUGUGCUGCGUUACGAUACUACACAAGAUUGCUGGUGUGAACUGCUCCCCACACUAACCCGCUCCAGUGCAGACCUCCCCAUCCUGCACUUCCUGGGUGCUGCCAAUAGUCAAUUGGUUGUAAUUGGUGGGAAUAACUCUGAAACCAUGGUGACAUCUUUCUGUGUGGACUCUCAAAAGUGGGGCCCUAUCAGAGCAAUAGAGAAGACCACUUUAAUUGGCCAGGGUACCAUUCUGCAUAACGAGGUCUACAUGUCAGGGAUGAAGGACAAUGCUGUAGUUAAACUGAACCUGCAUUCAUUGUCCCUCUGUCCUCUUCCUUCACUUCCUGUCACCACCUGCUACGAGAGCCUUUUCCACCUCUACUUCUGACCUUUUUUUCUAGUUAUACAAUAAAAUGUGAACUGAAUAUUUCUCAUUUUGUAUAAAAGUACACCACUUUGUGAAAACCUGUUAUUGUGGAACAAUGUUUCUUUGGCAUAAAUAAAAGUUUAGUUCACUCCAAAA